AUGUACAAUAUUGAAUGUCAAAUACAAUUAACAGAAAAACAAGAAAUUUCCUUGACUUUAACUGGCAUUAAAAAAAAUGUAAAAACAGUUCGUGAAAUUAUUACAAACUUAUUUGAAUCAACACAAAUAAAAAUUUAUGAUAAAGAAAACAUUGAUCAACCAAUGAUUUAUUGGUCAAAAACUAUUAGAUCAGAUUUAAUAAUACUUGUUAUACAACAAAUAAUGGAUCAUCACAAUAUUUUUACUCUAUGGGAAAAAACAGCCAUGUUUUCAGGUUACUUUAAAGUAGUUUACUUAACUCAUGAAUCUUUUCUUGUAUCUGAAACGAAGAUUACAGAAAUUUUACGUAAUGAAAUAGCCUAUGUUGAAGAUAUGGUGAUGCCUUGUGAAAAAACUAAAAAUUUUUUGAACGAUAUUGAUCAAUUCAUUCUGGCUAGACAAGAUCCGGAACUGGCUAUUAUUCGUUGUAAAUAUCCAUAUAAAUUAGAUAUUAAAAUUAGUUUAUUUGGACGAAAAAGUGUAGUUAAAAAAGCUAAAAAACAAUUACAAUCGAUCAUAAAUAAACAUACAAUAAAAAUAUUUCCAUUAAGAAUAACUACAAAUCAACAAGAUUAUCUAUUAGAAAAUUGCACUGAACAAUUAAAAGAUUUAGAACAUGAAUAUAAAGAUGAUUGUCUUAGAAUCCGAAUACGAGACAAAGAAUUUAGUGCACCACAAUAUUUAAUUGAUCGUAUUCAAGAAAAAAUUAAAAGACUUUUCAUACAAACAUCUACUUUCCAAUAUCAAAAACUAGGAGAUUCUUUACAAAUCACUGAUGAAAAUUAUAAGAAACUCAAUCAAAUUGCACAGUAUAAUUAUUGUCAAAUAGAAAAAAUUGAAACAAAAGCUGAAAUGAAAGCUUACUCUGUUCCAAAAGCAUUAUCACCAACAUUGAACAUAUCGAGUUCAAUUAUUGAACAAUCCAAUGAAUUUAUUUCUUCAUUGUCAAUGAGAAAAAUAGCAAUAUUAAAUGGUUCCAUCGAAAUUUAUUUAGCAAAUGAAACAAGUUCUAUACUGAGAGACGUUACAGUUAUUUCAUCUAGAGCAGCAGCUGUUCAAGAAGGUAUUGAAUAUUUAAGUGAUUAUGGAUAUUCCGAAACGAAGACAGGGCGAAAAUUUUUAUUUUAUAGUUGGUCACCAAUUUUAUCAAAUGAUGAUAAAACAAAUAAAAAGUUGAUAAAAUCUAUUGAAAAAUUCAUAUCUUCUACUUUACAAAAUAUCAUAACAUCUUUUGCUAAUAUAGAAACAGUAGCUUUUUUAACAAAUGAAUGGGAAAAUGUUGGUAUUCAACAACAAAGGCCAUUAGCUAAUAAUUUAAUCAAUCAAGUUAAACAAGAAAUUGAGACAAGAAAACUUAAUUGGCGAAUUUUAUUUAUUUUUAACAAUCAACAAGCGAACUUUUACAAAGAAUUCUGUCAAAUCUUAAUUGAAUCACAAAGUGAACAAGAUGGUUUUGCUCAAUUCUCUGCUCCAAUAUCGAUCAUUCAAAUUACAGUAGCAACAGCAUCAAAUUUCGAUCGUGUUAAAUGUGAAAACGAAAUCAAUAACUAUGUUCAAAAUUACAUUACGGCAAAUAAAACUUUAAGUAAUGAACUGGAUGUAAGACAAUGGGAUCAAAAUAUGAUAAAUGCUUUUUAUAAGUAUUGCUUGGAUAAAUCCAUAUUACCAAAAAUAGAUCUAUUAGUUCAUACACAUAUACAUUUAACUGGUGCAAUGUUAUGUCUUAAAAAAACAAUAGAAAAAUAUAAGUUAAUGUCAGAAAUUUUUAAACAUAAAUCAUCAUUACGAAUUCCACCUCCAGUUAUUCCUCGAACUUCGAAACCAACAAAUGAUCGUUCGAAGCAAAUGAAUCUCAAUGCAUAUAAUAUUUAUUUUUCUUGUUGUGAACAAGACCAAACUUUUUGUAAUCGUAUAACUUCAUAUUUAAUUGGUGAAGGUUAUUCUGUAUGUGAAACGUCAUCAAAUUCAUCACAAUUUCAAUCUUUUAUAGAUAAAUGUGAUGUUAUAUUAAUUUCUUUCAAUGAGAAUUAUUUCAAAAAUAAAUAUUCUAAUAUGGAACUAAAUUAUGCGAAAUUAAAAGGAAAACAAUUACUUCCGUUUGUAAUUCGAUAUAGUUCCGAAGAAAAUCCUUGGCUUACUUCACUUACACUUGCUGAAUUAUUCUAUGAUGUUUUUAAUACUGAAAUUGAUAUUGAAUUUAAAGAUGAUUUCGACCUUGAAUAUGAUAAAUUAUUAUCGAAAUUGUUACGUUAUACAAAACCUGGUGUGACAGGUAAAAUCUAUUCUGAAACAGCAGUUUUACCCAAACUUACAGAAAAUAAAGAAGACAAUGAAGAACGUGCAUUUGGUAACAAAUCAAUUGCUCUACAAAAAGUUACUUCCGAACAACGUCACGAACGUGAAACAUCAUAUCGAAAAUAUCUAACAAAAACAAUCGAAAAUGAAAAAAUUCCAACUGAUGAAUUACGUGAAUCCAACGAAGAUUUAACAAAAGUCAUUAAUGAUUUAGAACGAAUUCUACGAGGAGAAGAUCCAUAUACUGAACUACCUGUCGAAUCAUAUGAAUGGUAUGGAAGACGAGAAGGAAAUUUACCAUUGGAUGAAUUGACAUCCUAUUAUAUUCGGGAAUUUUUGAAUUCUGUAAAACGAUGGUUGAAUAAAUCAACAAAUGCAAUUCGAGGCAAUAUUAUACCAUUCACACCUACUGGAGAUAUAAAUGAUGCUAUUUUCGUCAUUGAUCAACCAUCUUAUAGUAAAUUGUUUGAAAAAAACUUUCUAUCAUUCGAUCAUUCACCUCCAAAUCAAUAUUUCUCACCAUUUAAAUCGAAUCCAGGAUCAUGUUUUAAUCAUGAAGAAUCACAAGAUUAUUAUCAAAAACUAAUUCAAUGUAGUAGACCAAUAAAUUCCAUAGAAGCAAUCAUGGAAGAUAAUGAUACUGCUUGGGAUACAGUUUCUCUUUAUCAUACACCUAUUGAUGUUGAUGAAGAUGACAUUGAUAUCGAACGAAAAACACUAGAUGAAAUAAAAAAAUUAGAAAAACUUGAUAAUCCAAAUCGAGUUUGGAAAAAUACACGAAAUGCUGAGAAAUUUAUUCAACAAAAAAUAAAAAAUAUUCUUGAAUUGAAAGAAUUAUGUGAAAAAUCAACAUAA